AUGAUCCACUCUGUCCUGGUCGUCAAUACAAGCGGUCUGCCGCGUCUCAUGAAAUUUUAUACCCCAGUUGACCUCCAAACACAAUCCCUCCUACUCAAACAAGUCCACUCUAUUCUCUCAACUAGAUCCUCUCAACAAUGUUCUUUCCUUACUCCACCACCACUUCUAGAAGGCAUGGAAGAAAUUCGUGUCAUUUACCGCCACUACGCCACCCUCUAUUUUGUCUUCAUUGUAGACGAACAAGAAUCUGAACUCGGAAUCCUCGAUCUCAUCCAAGUCUUUGUUGAAUCUCUCGACCGCUGCCUCGAAAAUGUCUGUGAGCUCGAUCUUGUUUUUGGUUGGCAAAUUAUGCAGACCGUCUUGGGUGAAAUCGUCCAGGCUGGUAUGGUGGUUGAAACAAACAUUAAUAAAAUAGUCGCUGCUGUAAAUGAAGUCCGAACAGCUCAAGCUUCUGACUCUCUGGAUGGAUCAGGUACUUCAGCUGCCUCGUUUAAAGGCUCGGCUCAAAAGGCAUUUAGCUCUGCAACUUCGGCCUUUCAAGCAAUUGCCCGAGAAGGAAGAAUGUGGCCAGGAAGAUCCACCGCAAAACGCAGCUGGAUCGCGGCUAUAGUUGUCCCAAUUGUAUUCAUUCUCUCCAUUCUUUUAUUUUUCCUAUAUUGGUUUCUAAUUCGCCGCCGCCGCUGCCGCUGCCGCAAUCGUAAUCCCCCCAAUCUUCAAUCAAACACUUCUCCAUAUAAUGAAAAAAAUACUUACGACUCAUCAACCAUCCCUAAUAACCCUCCCCUUACAAUCCCUCAACAAUCUGCAAUUAAACAAACAAAAGAUUCUGCACAAGGAAGAACAACAACUAUUAUAAAACCAUUAGAACUCAACCUCGAUAGAGAACCGUUGCGUGGAUUAGAUGUCCCCCCGCUCGAACAUUCGACCUCACGAGCACGAGAGACCACAAACAACACAUCCUCAUUAAAUCAUGCAACUUUGGGGGGUCUCAAUGACACAAACAGUCAUCACAGCAUAUCUUCCUCCUCUAACGAAUUGUCUCGUGGAGCAAAAACAAAUAAUCUCUCAAUCAUAAACAAGAUUAAAAAACGACCAAGCGAUGUGUCAGGGUUCCGCUACGAGGAUAUGAACUCACCAAACGUGGCUGCAGACUUAUACUACACCAGUGAGCGACUCACAGAGCAAUCCCAUGACUCUUCAUCUGGACCUGUAACCAGUCCAGGUGCUGGUACAAAUACCUCACCAUUGAGGUCACUCAAAAAUAAACUAAGUUCUCGUAAAAGCUCUCCAGAACGAGAAAAUGUUCUCCCUAAUUCAACCCCAAAUAAUUCAACAACCUCCAAAGCUCUGCCUGCUCACAGAAUGCCCCCUGUUAUCAACAUGGAAUUCCCCAAUCCUUCCUUUAGAUCAAGCUCAAUAUAUUCAUCAGAUGGGCUAGGAGAUUCCUUACAGCAACAACAACAACAACAACAGCUAACCUCACUAAACCAACCCACAGCCACAUCUACUUCUUCAGCUCGUCAAGAUUCCGUACGAUCAAGCUCUUCCGACCUCGCUUCUUUCCGAAUCUCACGAGCACAACAACAACAACAACAAGUCCCGCCGCUUUCUCGGUCUCCCUCAGGCCCACACAUUGUUGCAGGCCCAGGAACUGCCCCCCGCAUUUCGUUCAACAUAACGCGCACAUCCGGACUAUUUUCAGAGUACAUGGACACGUCUACUGCGCCUUCAAUUGCUCCAGGGCUCAGCAAUUCAAGCGCCAUGGCUGCUCCCUAUGGACAAUUCCCUCCAAAAUUGCAGGACACAGAAUCCAGUUCAUCCGGGUACUCGGGAACAAACUUGGCCUUCAUGGAAGAGUAUGGGCCUAUCAUUUCUAAAUUCAAUUCGACCUCAAGGGUGUCUAGCAGCCCAUCGACAUCUGCUCAAGUAAGUAGACGGCCUUCGCGAACAUCUGAGUAUAAUGUGGUGCCAUCGGUUGGGCCUGCAGUUGGUGGUAAUGGUACGGUCAAUACCGGAAGCAAUAUGUUGUCAGGACAUCAGCAGCAGCAGCAGCAGCAGCAGCAGCAAGCGGCAGCUCCGGUCCACCCACAGUCCAACAAUCUAUUCCAGCUUCCGCCUUUGUCGUUUGCUCCGAGUCAUCCCAUCCUUGAGCAAGAACCGGCGCGAGGGGGUGAGCAAUUGUCAAACAACAGUUACCACCACCAGAACCUGACAUCCAUAUUUGCGCCGCAGCAACAUGGUGCAUAUUCUCCUAACUAUAAACAGCAGCCGCCCACCUUUAUUUCUGCAACAACGCUCAGCUUCAAUGCCCUACCCUAUGCCACCACCGCCGCCACUGCCGCAGCAGCAGCAGCAGCAGCAGCAGCACCCAGCUCAAAUUCAUUUCCAAACCCAGUAACUGCUCAAAAUAACCUAUCCACAAAUAGCUUUGCUACUAAUAGCUUUGCUUCUGACAGUGCUGUCUCGGUUGUUUCUGCUCGCAACGCUGCUCACACUCUUUACGACCUGACCCCGCCAAACCCUCAACCCACAGCCUCUACUGCGUUUCUUUCUGCAUCACGCUCAGACCCCCGCUCAGAGUACCAGUCUGCGGUUUCACUCGGGUCCGUGUUUGCCGCAAACAAUGGUACCGCAACAUACACUCUGGACCCGUUUGCCAGGGGGCGCAUGGGAACGGGCGAGCCAAAAAUAUCUAGUACCACGCACACGCCAAUCCAGAGAAGUGCAACGGCAGCAGCAACAACAGCAGUAGCAGGUAGUGGCUUGAGUAGAGAUACAAGUAGUUCUCGGGGAACGCCUCCCCAACAGGCUCAAGAUGCGAGUCCACAUGUGGGGUCUCCUGAAUUACGCCCAGCAUUGUCAGGACAUGGACCUACUACUACUACUUCCUCGUAUUUGGUAGGAAAUGGUACUAUUAAUUCGUCUUAUUUAUCAGGUAAUGGUGCUUCUUCUUUUUCUUCUUCAUAUUUGCAGAGACAUGUUGCUGGACAAGGUGCACGAGCUGGUGCGCGGCCGCUAUUUUUUUCUCGAGUAGGAGGGAGCUCAGGUGCUGAUGAGAGCGAGACAAACCUGGCGGACGACGAGGCAGAGGACGAUGACGAUGAUGUGGAUGAAGAUGAUGAGGAAAAAGGGGGGCUUGCGAGACAUUGGCUGUCGACUAAACACGGGCCGCUGCACCAAGCUCCUAUGGGGAACAACAAUCCACAGCAACAGCAACGGCCACAGCCACAACAAACAGAAGCGUCGCCUGCGUUGUCAUCAAGCUCGAUGAUGGCAGUUAUUACGGCAGCCGGGGCAGCAGCAACUGCUGCGCGGCCUGGUGGUUUGUCACGGUCCGUGACGUGUAACGAGUCCUUGUCUCCGGUUAGAUCCGGCAGUGGGGCAGCACCUGUUGUUUCCAAAGCGGUUUCGUCACCGGUGUCUGUAUUUUACUCGGUCGGGUUCCCGGGGAAUACAAGUGCAGUGAGACCUGGAGGAUCCGGAGGACCUGGAGAACCUGGAGGACCUGGAGAACCUGGAGGGCUGGGAACCGAUGCGGGGAUGACAUCGGUGUCGUCAAGAAGCUUAGCCAAUGCAAAAAGCUACCCGGAAAGCGUGCAGGUUACAGCAGUCACGACACCUGUCGAAAGCGAGCAAGCAUCAAUUGUUGAGACUGCGUUUGAGGGCGAAUAUCCACCGGUAGUUUCAGGACCGGGUCCCCAACAGCAGCAACAGCAACAGCAACAGCAACAGCAACAGCAACAGCAACAGCAACAGCAACAGGUACCGUUGACUUCGUCGCCAUCGAUGCGCGCGGGAACUGUGGGAAUUUCUCAAUCCGUUGCACAAACAACGACAACAACAGCGAGCACAAAUACAACGGCGUUAGCGGCUAGCGGGAAUUGCGGUGGGAGUGCUCGGGGACAAGUGCCACGAGUAUCGAUGUCAUCGACGGGCUCCUUUUUCUCGUCGUUUUCACCUGGGCCAGUGCAGGAUUUGUUCCCUGGUGCUUUCCCCACGGGGGGGUUUACAGUUAGUUCUGCAGUUGGUCCUGCAACAACAGUAGCUGCAUCCGACUUGUCUUCUAAUAAUAAGCUUGUGGGGACACGCGGGGGAGCGGCGAAAGGAGAGAAGAAGACCCAGCCGCGCGGUAUUCAGCCGCAGAUAUCCCAGCCGCACAUGAAGCAACUAGCAGGUGGACCAGCAGGAGUACCAGCAGGUGGAAAUAGUAGCCUCCACUCGCUAGGCCCGCGGGCGUCAGCGUUGUCUGUGGUAUCCGCAGAAUCCGUUGACUCGUCAGCACCGUCGUCGUCAGGCAUGUUAUCUGAGCGGCGUGCGAGUUUAGUACACCGGUACUCGAUGGCGUCUGUUAUUUCAGAGAAGCAUGGAGGGAACAGUAGUGUACGUGGAGGAAUGUAUUUGCAAGCAGGCGGGAGUUCAACGAGUAUUAACACGACUGGGAGUGGGAAUGGGAGUGGGCUAGGAGCACCGUUUAGUCCGAAAGUAGGAGCAAGAGUUUUGGGAGGCCAUGGGUCGUCAACUGUUACGCAUACGGUUAUACCGCAGCCGUCGUUCUAUUCGACACGCAGUGGACCCGAGUCAGAACUUGCAGUGGGCAAUUCACACCAUCAUAAUCAUCAUCCAUGGAAGCGAUUGAGCAGCGAGAGGUUUGGAGGCACUGGUGGUGGCCGAUCCACACCACCAGGAACUGCAGUUGUUGUUGUUGUUGGAACAAACUCCUUAUCAACUACAACUACAACUACAACUACAACAUCCACUCCAACAACCCCACCACCAACAUCGGGACUCCCGCCACCACCACCACACACUGGAAGCACUCCGGGAACGCCGACCAGAAAUAGUGGCGUGAUGGUAGCAGUACCAGUGAUGGUGGGCGGCAACGCUGGACCUCGGAAUAGCACUGGAUCAAGUAGUGUGGGAUCAAGUAACGUGGGGUCAAGUAACGUUGGGUCAAGUAGUGGUACGGGUCGGCGCGCGUUAUCUCGAGAAACCAUGCGACAUAUCAAUGCAACCAAGCAGCUUCCACCGGCCCCUGGCACUACGACUAUAGUUCCUGGUACUACUGCCACUAUUUCUGUUCCUGGAUCCAUGUCCACUUCGUCAUCUGCAAUUCAUUACCCAAGCUCGCCCAAUAAUGAUACCACGCUGGUGCUGCAGGGCAGAGGGUACACGCCUAGCGAUGCAUCUGCAUUUGUGACACCUCCAGCUUUCGUGACACCUGCGUUCGUGACACCUGCGUUCGUGACACCUGCGUUUGUGACACCGAACCAUACUCCACCCACACCAGAUAGCGGUGUGUACGGUGCCGGUGGGCUGUCACAAGGAUCAUCGAGCGGGUCAGGUAGUAGGUCGAAUGGAUCUGGUAGUCGCCCACAGGGGUCUAGCAACCGGUCUCAAGAAAAUGGUAGCCAACACCCUAGCGGUCAACACCCUAGUGGUCAACACCCUAGUGGUCAACACCCUAGUGGUCAACACCCUAGUGGUCAACACCCUAGUGGUCAAGAACCUAGCGGUAUCUCCGAGUCUUGUGCACCAAACCUUGCAACCAGUCUUUCGUCGUCAUUGUCAUCGUCAUUGUCAUCGUCAUUGUCAUCGUCGUCAUCGUCGUCGGCCGUCGCCGCCGCGGCAGCUGUCGACAGAUCCUUAUCGGAUGACGGAAGAGGUGAGGAGGACGACCUUGUACCGGAACUUACGGGCAAUAUGUCUACCCGUGGUCUGCAACUACGCAACACAUUGGUACACAACUCUGAUGCAGAUGAUUCUUCAUCAAUCACAACUGCUCAACUCCCAGUGGCAGUUCAUCGGGCAAUUAAGGCCUAUCGCCCAGUGCUUGAUGACGAGCUUGAGCUAGUGACAGGAGAUCUCGUCAUUGUGCUCCAUGAGUUUGACGACGGAUGGUGUUUUGCACGACUUGUAUCAGUUCAAUCCCGAGCUACUAUGCGGGCCCUUGAAGGCAUUUGUCCUCGAUCUUAUAUUCAGCAACAUGCAGAAUCCAUAUAUUAA